CCCUGAAACUGCUUGGAUGUCUGCUAGUGUUUCGUUUUUUAGUUGACGCUGUGUUUUCUCAUAAAUUGAAAAUAAAGCGUAUAGAAGAACUGCCAAAUUCUAGUAACGAUAGAUUUCAAAAUGGGAACAGAAAAGCAAGAAAUCAAGCGGAAACACGAAGAUGUCGAUGACGCGGAGGAACCGGUCGUGAAAAUAAGAGAACCAAUUGUUCAAUCUCGCUUGUGUCCUUAUUUGGACACAAUUAACAGAACUGUUCUGGAUUUUGACUUCGAAAAGCUUUGUUCAGUUUCACUCACGAGGAUUAAUGUUUAUGCCUGCCUAGUGUGUGGAAAAUACUUCCAGGGGAGAGGCCCAAGUACACAUGCAUAUCUACAUAGUGUGGGAGAAGGACACCAUGUUUUCUUGAAUCUUCACACUCUAAGAUUUUACUGUCUGCCAGACAACUAUGAAAUCAUUGAUUCAUCACUUGAUGAUAUCAAAUAUGUCUUAAAUCCAACCUUCACACAAGAAAAUAUUUCAGCUUUGGAUAUUACAGAUAAGGUGUCAAGGUCUUGUGAUGGCACUCUGUAUCGCCCAGGAGUAGUUGGACUUAACAACAUCAAAGCUAAUGACUACUGCAACGUGGUCUUACAGGCUUUAUCACAUGUUGUCCCAUUGCGAGACUAUUUUCUCAGGGAAGGCAAUUACAUUGGCAUUAAGCGCCCUCCCGGAGAUAACAACGUUAUCCUCGUGCAGCGUUUUGGUGAACUCAUUCGCAAGCUGUGGAAUCCCCGAAACUUUAAGGCGCACGUUUCGCCACAUGAGAUGCUUCAAGCUGUCGUUCUCUGUAGCAAAAAGAAAUUUCAGAUCACAAGCCAAGGUGAUCCUGUUGAAUUUCUAUCAUGGUUUCUAAAUGCAUUACAUUUGGCUCUUAAUGGAACAAAGAAGCCUACUUCUUCAAUCAUUUACAAAACAUUUUUGGGAGCUAUGAAAAUCCAUUCACAGUUAAUCCCACCUAUUGAUGCGACUGAUAAGGAAAAGGAUGCCUUAAUGAUGACUGCCGAGUACGUCGAAACAUACGUCGACUCUCCUUUUCUCUUCCUAGCGGCUGAUUUACCUCCUCCUCCUCUGUUCAAAGACGAAUUUCGGGAGAACAUCAUUCCUCAAGUUUCUUUGUUUACUUUGCUAUCUCAAUUCAAUGGGGUCCAGCAGAAAGAGUACAAAACGUACAAAGAAAACUUCUUGAAGAGAUUCGAGUUGACACGGUUGCCACGUUACAUUAUUCUGAACAUCAAGAGGUUUACAAAGAACACAUUUUUUGUUGAGAAGAAUCCGACCAUCAUCAAUUUUCCCAUCAGGGGAGUCGAUUUUGGAGACAUUCUAAGUGCAGAAGUCCGUGCUAAGCAUGGUUGCACAACGUACGAUUUACUAGCCAAUAUUGUUCAUGAUGGAGAACCUACCAAAGGAACUUAUCGUGUCCACAUACUACACAAGGCGACAGGUAAAUGGUUCGAAAUGCAAGAUUUGCACGUUACAGAAAUUCUUCCGCAAAUGAUUACGCUCACAGAAGCCUAUAUCCAGAUAUGGGAACAAUCUACUGUGAGCAGCGACGUUGAAAUGUCUUAAUUGAUUUUCUUCAAAAACUGUAACACUUGAGUUGAAAUAAAUAUUCAAAUUCGUACUAAG